AGGGCGGUCGUUGCAGACAGAGAGAUUGCAGAGAGGGAGGGAGGUCAUUGCAGACAGAGAUUGCAGAGAGGGAGGGUGGUCAUUGCAGACAGAGAGAGAUUGCAGAGAGGGAGGGCGGUCGUUGCAGACAAAGAGAGAUUGCAGAGACGGAGGGCGGUCGUUGCAGACGGAGAGAGAUUGCAGAGAGGGAGAGCGAGAGAUUGCAGAGAGGGAGAAUUGUGUUCAACCAUCUCUCUCUCUCUCUCUCUCUCUCUCCCCCUUGAAAAACCACAACGAGAGAGCAACCAAUUCUCAAAAUGGCAUUAUUGGCGCUUCCUCUGCAUCAAGGCCCACCAAACCACUCUUCUCAUCCUCACCCUCCCUUCCUCCUCCUCACUACUCCCCUGCAAUCCUGCACGUCCAUCAAGCAGGCCAAACAAAUCCAUGCCUCCAUUCUCCGGAACAGCGGCCUCCUUCACCACCACCAGCGGCAAGAGCUCUUUGUAUGGCUCAUCUCGGCGCUCCACGGCAACCACUCAUCUUAUGCUGCUCUUGUCUUCGAACAACAACUUCAAGAAGACGCCACCACCAUCUUCAUGUGGAACACCAUGAUCAGAAGCCAUGCAAGUAGUAGCAGCGAUCCCAUGCAUUCCUUCUCCCUCUACAACCGCAUGCGGGAAAACGGCAUCCUGCCCAACAACUACACCUUCACCUUCCUCAUCAACGCUUCCGCCACUACUCCCAUGAUGCUCCGCCUCGGUCCUGCCAUCCACGCUCAGACCAUCGUCUUUGGCAUACCGAAUUCGGACGUGCAUAUUCACACGGCAUUGCUUCACAUGUAUGCAGCUGGAGGGAACAUUGAGAAUGCUAGGAGCGUGUUUGAUAGGAUGCUGCACAAAACUACAGCUACAUGGAAUGCCAUGAUUGCUGGCUACACGAAGCGGGGUGACGUCGAAAGCGCUUGGAAUCUAUUUGAUGCAAUGCCUGACAGGGAUGAGCAGUCUUGGAAUGUUAUGGUUUGUGGGUAUGCGAGGAUAGGUGAGUGUGAUGUCGCAGGCAUGUUGUUCGAGGGAAUGCCUGUGAAGACUCUGCCCACGUGGAAUGCGAUGAUUGCAGGGUAUGCUCAGGAUUCAAGACCUGCUGAUGCAUUGGAGGUCUUCCGGCAGAUGCAAUUCGCUGGAGUGACACCUGACAAGAUCACCAUGGUUGCAGUACUUCCAGCUUGUACUCAGUUAGGUGCUCUGGAAUUGGGUGAAUGGCUUCACGUCUAUGCAGACAAGAACAGAUUGAGUAGCAACAACGCCGUAUGUAAUGCACUGAUGGACAUGUAUGCAAAGUGCGGCAGCAUCGACAAGGCGAUGGCCGUGUUCAAGGGUAUGAAGGAGCGAACUGUGGUGUCCUGGAACACGAUGAUUUCCGGAAUGGCAAUACAUGGCCGGGCGAAAGAAGCCAUCGAGCUGUUCGCAGAGAUGGAGAGCGAGGGAGUGGUGCCUGAUGAUAUAACAUUCGUGGGGCUUCUGAGCGCUUGUGGGCAUGCCGGAUUCGUUGAUUCAGCAUGGGCUUACUUUAGAAGGAUGCUUGAGGUUUAUCAGAUACAGCCCAAGAUUGAGCAUUACGGAUGUAUGGUGGAUGUUCUGGGGCGCGCCCAACUCUUGGGCGAAGCUCUAGAGCUUAUAGAUAACAUGCCAAUUGAACCCAAUUCAGUGAUCUUGGGGUCACUGCUCAGUGCUUGCCGGAGUUGCAAUGAUUUCCAGCUAGGAGAAAUGGUGCUCGAGAAACUAGUGGAUUUGGAGCCUCUAAAUCCUGGCUACUAUGUGCUACUUUCAAAUAUGUAUGCUUGCUCGGGGCGAUGGAGGGAAGUUAUCAGAGUCCGGAACUUGAUGAAAUUGAGAGGUAUAGAGAAAACUCCAGGGUGCAGUUCAAUAGAGGUGGACAGCACAGUUCAUGAGUUCAUUGUGGGUGAUAAGACCCAUCCCCAAACCCAGGAAAUCUAUGCUAAACUGGAAGAAAUUUCAGAGAGACUGCAUUUGGUGGGUUACAUGCCGGAUACUUCUGUCGUGUUGUUUGAUUUGGAUGAAGAGGAGAAAGCUCAGAACCUUUCAGUCCACAGCGAGAAGCUGGCUGUUGCCUUUGGGCUUUUGAAAACAAGCGCAGGGAAACCCAUUCGUGUGGUGAAGAAUCUACGUGUGUGCUGUGAUUGCCACACAGCCUUAAAACUCAUUUCUAACGUUUAUGAACGAGAUAUCAUUGUCAGAGAUCGCAACCGCUUCCACCAUUUCAAAGAUGGCAUCUGUUCUUGUAAUGAGUACUGGUAAAGAUAAGAGCAGCCCCAUUUUGCAUCUGUUGGAAGAAAGGUUUGAGCUAGAAAACAGUAGUUCAGGAACCUUGAAGUGCCCAAAAGGAAAGGGUAGUUAAGGGUAUGUAUCGUUCUGAAGCAGCAAUGGUGAAAAGACAGGUUUACUUGUGAAGAAGCAUGAGCCUAGACUGAGACAUCCAUUGACUAACCGGUUGUGCAAUAGGAGAAGGAGAAAACAGAAGUUAGAUGCAGAGAACAUGAUGAACUCUUUAUGGAAAAUGCCAUGGAUCACUGCAUUAACAAUGUUUGCCUAAGCAAGUUGGCCUCGAAAUCACAAUAACUGCAAAUAUUAGGCAGCACAUGCAAGAUAAAUUAAGACCGAACUGCGAGAAUGUUGGGUGCAAGCAGAUUGCAUGGCAGGUUAAUUAAGGAUCAAGCAGCAAUUACAUGACCAAAUCGGAGAGCCAAAAUAUGGAAAUCAGCGAUCUGCUUAAAUCAACUACACAAGGGAAAGAUGAGCCAAUUCACUUGAUCCAACGACAAUGAUGGUAUAUGCCAAUACACCCGACCUCAAGCAAGCAUAAGAGCGGGCCCUCCUUUUAUUCGCUACUCUUCGCCACUAUGGGCACGCAUAUCAGGCACGCAUGCACUCAUUUUUCUCUGUCCUCUCUCUUCCUGAUCUUUCCUCUCCCCUCUCUUCUCUCUCUCUCCUCUCCCUAUCCAUAAAUAAGAGAACAGGAGAGGUAAUGGAGCUUUUGGCAGUGGAAGGGAGAGGGUUGGAGGGGAGAAACGGUGAAACGGGGUGGCAGCUUGUUGUAUGUGCAGUGGGCCCACUAGGGGUUGCCCCCUCCCAACACAUGCACACGUGUUUAAAUCUCCCACUCAACCUUAUAGUGGAGAAUAUACUACCAUAAGGCUUGCUCCGACAAGAUUGAUUGAGAUCACAUAUAAAGAGUACGAAUCAAGAAAUUGGGACCAACUGAGAUUCCAGUGUCUUUAUACAUAGAUGUUCGUACGCUAAUUGACCACCUAGCGCACAACCUCCUAAGCUAUCAAAUGCUUGCCCUAGACACUCAUGACCACACCGGGAAAUUUGAAGAUCUCAGAUGCAAGUUGAGUCGAGUCACCUGCAAGAAAAUCCCUCCCACUCCCAAGUUACUACCAUGUAAUUGUAUGACUCGCAAUGGGAUUAUCACCAUAUCUAGCCUUCUAAUCUCAUUCUCUAGUCUCUACUAGCAAUCAAUGCAUUACAACUCCAGUAGAAUUGUGUUCUUGGGCUAUUUUGCCUUCUAUCUGCAUUUUGUUCUGAUUAA